AUGGACCGCGAACAGAGAAAGCAAAGCUUCAAUAUAAGGGAGCCUGGUACCUGCGACACCGGCUUCGUGUUCUACAGCUGCCAGGACGGAUUCGUCGGCUGUUGCGCCGUGGAGGCGUGUAACCCGGGAGGAUGUCCCGACGACGCUUUGCCGUCGAAUACCGAAGGGGGAGAGGGCGUCUCGAGUACUACCACCACAUCGCCACCAGAUGGCGGGACUAAGACGCAGACGGUUACUCUGGAUAUCACAACUACCUCGACCAUUACCUCUGACAGCAGCAGCCCGAAGUCGUCAGCACCAUCACCAACAGCAACAUCGGAUUCCGCAACCGGGGGAAUCACACCACCGCCCUUACUGCCCCCGUCCUCAUCCUCAACCCUCAACGCACAAACAUCCCCGACCUCAGCUCUCCCGCAGACAGACACUCCACCACCGUCAACGCCUCCCCUGUCCACGGCCGCGAUAGCCGGUAUAUGCGUAAGCAGCACCGUGUUCGCCCUGACCGCGCUGUUUAUCGCCGGGCUGCUCAUCCGUCGCCGCCGCAUCGCGAAGCGCGUCGCUGCGGAGUCGCUGCCUAACUCACCGUAUGUAGACGAGCCGGAGCAGUUUAUGAUGGAUCAUCCGGCGUGGAGGGGCCAGGAGCAGGGGGUUUUUAGGGGGGUUAGUGAGUUGCCGUAG